CAUGUCAAUUAUUCAACGGAGAUCUUAGCGAAGAAAGGUUGUACUAAUUCUUCUCGUACGACCAAUCACAACACCAUGGGAACUACAAUUGGAUGAUUUACUACGGGGGUUAAAAGCGGCCUAAGACAAGCCUUCGCGGAGGGGAAAGAAAAGGAUAAAUGAAGAAAAUCACGGUUCUUUGGGGGAACAAAAACAAAAACCCUGAAUACCAAAUUGUGAGUGAACAAGUAAUUAGUUCACCAACGGAGUUGAACUGUGUUCGGACAUCGUGGAAUUAGCUUGACAUUUUGAUAUUACUCUGUGUUUGAUUCAUGUUCAGUUUACUCUUUUGUGAGGACAUUUCCAAUGUGAAUCUGUCACAAGUACAUGCAGUUCUGAAUGUUAGUGAAAGACUAUAGCUGUCUCAACUUAAAUCGAACUCCAAAUGCAUUUAAAGCUACUUAAUCACGGAAUCGUAGUAUUCCCAAUAUUGUUCUGUUUAACUCAAAAAAGUUCUUGCUCGCUCGAUGAAAAAUGUAACCAAAACAGUACAUUCGUCAUCAGAUAUGUACACCAACGUCCGUAUAUAUUCAGCGAGCAAAGUACACAGAUGGCCGGGAUUUUCCAUGAUAUUUUAACAGAAUCGCUCAAGAUAUGUUGCCCUGCAAUCAAACUUGAAUUCAAGAAAAUUGCUACCGGAAACCAAGGACUGCGGAAUAUGAUGGAUGGAGGGGACUUCGACGUCAUUGCACCGGUCGGGAAUUCCCCUUAUAGUUCUAACAUACGUGGGUACCCGUUUUUGGAAAUCUCGGAAUCGUCAGGGAGUGCAAUUCUUAUGUCCGGAAACGCUUCCGGUGGACGUCUACUGUUCUCGGUUCUUAGCGCUUGGCCCAUUUUGAUUUUUAUCGUGAUUUCCGCAACUCUUGCGGGUGUGAUCAUAUGGUUUUUGGAGAGAAAGGAAAACCCCAAACAGUUCCCAGAAGCCUUCAGUACAGGGGUUUUUGAGGGGUUCUGGUGGGCAUUCGUUACCAUGACAACCGUCGGAUAUGGCGACAAAGCACCAAAAACACUCUUCGGCAAAUUGGUGGGAAGCCUGUGGAUUCUGAUGGGGCUGAUAAUAACAACAAUGUUUAUUAGCAUUAUCACGUCAGCGCUUGCCGAAUCAACAGCAGCGGACGGACAGGCUAAUGUCAGAGGGGUUGAGGUUUCUGUUGUCAACCAAAGUGAGGAGCAUAAGCUUGCGAUUCGACAAAACGCUAAAAUCACAGCACUCCAAAACCAGGAGCAAGUCCUGGGUCAUCUCAAGGACCGCAAAGUAAUGGCUGCCUUGGCAGAUAUACAAAGUCUCAAGCACCAGAAUGAUGACCUCACGAAAAACUUUGUAUUGGUAGCCAGCGUAAUUCCGAACCACAUCAGCUAUGGAUUAGUACUGGCUAGGAAUUCAUCAAAACUGCAAAAGUGUCUCGGGAAUUUCAUGGAAAUGAAUGAGAAUUGGCGGUAUCGCCUUUUACAGGAGAAUGCUGGAAGCAAGAAGGUUGAGAUUUCACCCGCAGAUGACUAUUUUGGCAGUGGCGGAAUCUUCAGCGUGUCGGUAUAUGCUGGGCUGGGUCUAUUUGCUAUGCUAUUUGCUGGCGGAAUGGCAUGGGAGUUCUAUAAACACCGCAAGAAAGCAAAGACUAAAUGUUCUAAUGAGCAGGUGCAGAAAGGUGCUGCAAGUACAGCUAAUGAAACCAAGGGCCAUGCCAUAUCUUCAUCACAAAAUCACACAGCAGGAAUAGUAAUCCAUGUGCCACAGCCACCGCCUGCUCGUCUUAAAUUUGGCCACACCCCUCAAGAAGAGCUCCUAAGUAGGCAGAGCAUGGAAAUUAUGGAGAUGGAGAACCAGUUUAACCGGUUUAAGACUGAUUGGGAGAAGCGUAAAAGUGCUUUAGAAAGACGGCAGGAGAAAGAGAAGGUGGGAGUGGCCAAUGGGGGAUUUGAUAACAGUAAUGGUAGAAAGUAGAAUAGGUGCACCAUGCUGUAGAAAGCAGAGUGAGAGCAGCAUUUAUUGAAGCCCCAACAUUCCUAGGUGCUAUUGUUAAAUUAAUUUACUUUGAACAGGAAUAUAUAUUUCAUGGGGGGGAUUAAAAAUUGUGAAAGCAGUGUGUCUAUUGGAAGUUUCUUUUAAUGGUUGAGGAUUCCAUCGGCCCUCCAGAAGUAAACUGGUGACGAUGCAGCUUUAACUGCCAAAUCAAUUUGACCUUGGUUGACACAAUGCCUUAAGACUCACCUUUUGACGUUGGUUGACACAAUGCCUUAAGACUCACCUUUUUAAAGAAGCAUUUAAUUUAUAAUUAGUUUAAAAUUCAUUUUUUUAAUAUCACUGUUAAUUAUACAUUACAUACAUAUAUAUAUAUAUAUAUUUAAUCAUAAUAUCGAUUUUUAUAAAUGUAACAUUUCUUAUUAGACACAAUGUAUUGUCAGGGUGAUUUUUAAUUUUUAAUUGUGUAAUGUUUAUUUAAUUGAUAUAUAAUUGUAAAGUGCCUAGGGCAAUUAUUGAUGAGGCGCUAUAUAAAUGCUGAUAUUAUUAUUAUUAUUAUUAUUAUUAUUAUUAUUAUUAUAUUAUUAUUAUUAUUAUUAUUAUUACCUUGAUGUUAUGAAGGUGAUAAAUUUUCAGUGUAUUUUCUAGUUCCAUGGUAUUUGAAAAGUAUAAGUUUCUAGAUGGA